GAUUUUGUGCAUCACUAUGGGCGCGCCGUCAUCAUGUUUGGGGUGCCCUACGUCUACACACAGAGCCACGUCCUCAAGGCCCGCCUGCAGUACCUGCGGGAGCAUUUCCAGCUGCGCGAGAACGACUUCCUCACCUUCGACGCCAUGCGGCACUCGGCGCAAUGUGUGGGGCGGGCGCUGCGGGGCAAGACGGACUACGGCCUGAUGGUGUUCGCUGACAAGCGUUUCUCCCGCUCAGACAAGCGCUGCCGGCUGCCCCUGUGGCUGCAGUCCCACCUGCUGCCCUCCAACCUCAACCUGACGGUGGAUGAAGCGGUGCAGGUGGCCAAGCACUUCCUGCGACAGAUGGCGCAGCCCUUCCGCAAGGAGGAGCAGCUGGGGCUGUCGCUGCUGACCUGGGAGCAGCUGCAGACGCAGGAGGUGCAGCAGCGCCUGAACGACCUGGCGCAGCAUGCAUGAGGGAUCCGGAGCCGCUCGGUUGGGAUCCACAGCUGGACCGGAUUGGACCCACGGAUGUGGGGUGGAGUUGGGAAACCAAAAGAUUCCCCCCCAUCCCCCACACAAAUCUGUGGGGUGGGACCUGACCCCCCCCCAAAACCCCAGAUCUAUGGGGCUGAACCUGACCCCCCUCCCGCAAACCCCAAAUCAGUGGGGACAAACCUCACUGCCCCCCAACCCCAAAUCUGUGGGGUGGGACCAGAUCCCAAAUCUAUUGGGCUCAACACGACCCGCUGCCCCCCCCCCCCCAGUAGACAUCUAUGGGGUGAGCUAUCGGGCCCCACAUCUAUGGGGCAGGACCUGACCAACCCCAAAUCUAUGGGGCAGGACCUGAUCUGCACCCCCAACCCAAGAUCUAUGGGGCUGAACCU